UGAGGCCAUUCAUUCAGGUUUAGGGGAUUUUACUCUACAGAAAGAUGGCGCUGCUGCUCUUCCGGACGUAUCAAAACUGGGGACCAUUUUUUUUCUUAAUCACAAAUCGAUCAAAAAAUAGACAGCUCUCGUUUAUACAUCUUGCACAGUAGUCAAUAAGACGCUACUGGUUGGCAGCUGCUCUUCUGCCAGUCACAAUAUGGUGAUACUGACAUAAGCGUCGUCUACUCAAGAGUUCUUUUCUGCUGUCAAUACUUGGUUGGAAGGAGCGAUUCCAGUCGUGUAGGCUCUUCUGUUCCAAUCCAGUGGCACAAUGAGUGAGAAUCUCGGUGGCGGUGUCAGUAUGGAACCCUGCUCGUGUGACACCUUUGUUGCCCUUCCUCCUGCAACAACAGGCAACAGAGUUAUAUUUGGAAAGAACUCAGACCGGUCGAGUGAUGAAGUGCAGGAGAUUGUAUACUUCCCAGGACAGUCUUAUCAGCCAGGAUCUAAACUUGAGUGCACUUACAUUGAGAUUGACCAGGCCGAGAAGACCCACCCAGUGAUCCUAAGUCGGCCAUCAUGGUUAUGGGGCGCUGAGAUGGGAGCCAAUGACUCCGGUGUGUGCAUUGGGAAUGAAGCAGUGUGGGGAAAGGAAGAAAUUGGUGAUAAAGAAGCCCUCCUAGGAAUGGACCUAGUAAGGCUCGGUUUGGAGAGAGCAGAGACGGCUGAGGGGGCACUGGACGUCAUUGUUGGCUUGUUAGAACAAUAUGGUCAGGGGGGAAACUGUAUGGAGAGCCCAAUGUCCUUUACCUACCACAACAGUUUCCUUAUAGCGGACAGAAAGGAAGCAUGGAUACUGGAGACGGCGGGCCAGUACUGGGCUGCUGAGAAAGUAGAUGAAGGCAUAAAGAACAUAUCCAACAACCUGUCAAUCACCUCCAGGAUUGAUCGAGAACACCCAGGAAUGAGGGAAUAUGCUAAAACUAAAGGCUGGUGGGAUGGGAAAAAAGAAUUUAAUUUUGCAGCUGUAUAUUCCUAUUUCAACCCCUCUAGAUCAUCAUCUUCUGGAGACAGAUUUUGUGAAGGAUAUAAACUGCUCAGGAAACAUAAAGGAGACUUAACAGCUGAAAGCAUGAUGGAAAUCCUUUCAGACAAGAAAAGUGGAAUUAACAUGGAAGGAGGGUUUAUGACAACUGGAAGCAUGGUGUCCAUUCUGCCACAGGAUCCCAACCAGCCAUGCUGCCACUUCUUCACUGGAACUCCUGACCCCUCCAGAUCUGUGUUUAAGCCAUUCGUCUUUGUGCCCCAGAUUCAGCAGUUAGUAAGAACCGCCUCCCCCUUGUUUGGCUCCGAUGAUCCUGUCAAACUCCAGCCAAGAUUUCAAACACAGCCUGACAGGAGGCACGAGCUGUAUACGAAACAUGAAAAGGCCCUGAGGAUCAUGGAAACAUCACAGGGAACUGAGCUGCUGAAGCAGAUGAAGAAUUUGGAAAAACAGAAGCUUGAAGAGGUAGAAUCCUUCCUAAAGACUGGAAGUAAUGACAGCCCUGCACUAACAACACUGUUUUCAAAUUGUGUGGAAGAAGAACUAAAGCUGUACGAGUAACACUCUUAGCCGUCUUGUGGUACAUCACAGGCCUAGUUUCCAGUCUUUGUUUGCCGUGAAACUUGUUUCUAGGAUGACCUGAAAUUCGCUUUGCAGACGGUAUCAUUCACCUGUAAUUGCAUUUUUGCAUUAGAAAUUCGCUUUGCAGACGGUAUCAUUCACCUGUAAUUGCAUUUUUGCAUUAGGUGCUGUUAAAAAUCCCCCCUCAGGACGUGUUUAUAAUUGUUUCACAUGUGAGCAAGUCUUUUCAUCAUCUGUCACCCAGUGGAGCAGAAUCCAAGUGAGAUAGCAGCGGGAUGUCUGAAUAUUGUAUACAUAGGAGAGUUGUGUGUAUGGCCUUAUUUUCAUAUAGAUGUUGUAAACUUACCACAAUCAUCCAUCUCCAGUUUAAUAGCAGCCUCACCUGAGUACUGUGGUUAAUGUUUAGGAGGAGUAUACUUUGGCCCCAGCCUCUACCACUUCAGGUUUACGUCAUCUGGACACACGUGUUAGCUGAGGAUAAUUGCUGCUGUUAAAGUAGUUCUUGGCUUGCGGACACCAAUAUAACCUGCAGCUUUGUGCAACAGAUAGGUUCUCCCAUAGCCAUUACCUGAAGCUGAUUGCUCCAACUGGCUACAGUGUGUUCUGGUCCUGAUCAGUUCAGCUGGGAUCAGUAUGAGAUCCCGGCGGUCGGAAUACAGACACUGGGAUCCCGACCGGCACAAUCCUGACAGGGGGGCGAGCGCAACGCAGCCCCUUGCGGGCUCACCACGCUACGCUUGCCACGCUGCGGGCACGGUGCCUCGCUGCGCUCGGCACACUAAUUUAUUCUCCCUCUAUGGGUGUCGUGGACACUCACAGAGGGAGAAUGUCGGGAUUGUGCCAGUCGGAAUGCCGGUGUCGGGAUUCCGACCGCCGGGAUCCCGUCCGCAUCCCGUUCAGCUCACCGCUCCAAUUGGCUACAGCUUAUUCUAGUCCUGCUCAUUUAAUUUACCUCUGUGUAUAACCUAGUUCUUUAUCGUACUAAUUCUAUGUCAGUUCUAUGGUGUAUAUGAUUAUAUUCACCAAAUUAGUAAUUUUCGACAGUACGACCUCAAUUACACUCUGGAAAUAACAAUGAAAACAGUGAGGCAGUAGUUAAAUUAUCAGCCAAUUUAUUUAACAAAUAAAAUCCAAUUGUACAAUAAUGUGAGAAUGGCAGAACCACAAGCUAGAUUUAAUUUUGUUGAAUAAAAUAAAUGUGAACAUUAUAA